GCUUUAUUUUUUCUAAUGGAUGUUCUUCUUCGAGUAUUUAUAGAAGGGAUACAACUGUAUUUUGCUGAUAUACUAAACUCCUUAGAUGCUCUCAUUAUUACGGCGACUCUAGUGAUUGAUGUCAUUUAUUUUACUUAUGACAUGAAAUUUGUUAACUUUAGCACCAGAUUGACUACUAUACUUCGACCUCUACGACUUAUCAUUCUGUUAAGAAUUUUUCAUCUGAUUUAUCAAAAAAGACAUCUUGAAGUGCUGACCAGAAGGAUAGUUUCUGGAAACAAACGACGAUACACCAAAGAUGGAUUUGACUUAGACCUCACUUACGUUACUGAUCGUAUCAUUGCCAUGUCAUUCCCAUCUGUUGGACAGCAGUCUUUCUAUAGAAAUCCCAUGAAGGUAAGAGUAAACUACUUAGAUCAGAAAACAGCAGUAAAUUAUAUGACCUAUGUAUCAUUUAUUUUAGGUGAAAAAGGUUAUGAUCCGAAAUGCUUCCAUCAUCGAGUCCAUCGAAUCAAGAUUGAUGAUCACAAUGUCCCCUCUCUGAGCGAGAUGCUGGAAUUUUCUAAGGAAGUCCUUAAGUGGAUGACUCAAGAUCUUGAAAACAUCGUAGUGAUUCACUGUAAAGGAGGCAAAGGAAGAACCGGAACUAUGGUUUGUGCCUGCCUUAUUGCCGCUGAAAUAUUUUUAACUGCAGAGGAGAGCCUUCGUUAUUUUGGAGAACGACGAACAGAUACCACCACCAGUAGUAAAUUCCAGGGAGUAGAAACUCCUUCGCAGAGUAGAUAUGUUGGAUAUUUUGCCGAUGUGAAAAAUCUCCACGGCUUCAUGCUCCCUCCAAGAAAACUCCUGAUAAUAAACACAAUUGUAAUUCAUUCAAUUCAUGGUGUUGGAAGUGGAGACGGACAAGAUCUAGAAGUACACAUAAUAAUGCUGAACAAGACUGUCUUUUCUUGUUCUGCUUCCAAAAACUGCAAAACAAUUCAUGAUGUUGAAGCAAACAAAGUAAUAAUUCAUCUAUUUAACUGCCCACAUCUGUAUGAUGAUGUAAAAGUGAAAUUUUUCUGUUCUGAUGUUCCUAAAUACUAUGACAACUGCCCGUUUUUCUUUUGGUUCAAUACAUCUUUCAUCCAGAAUAACAGGCUUUAUCUUUCAAGAAGUGAAUUGGACAAUCCUCACAAAACAAAAACAUGGAAAAUUUACCGUCCAGAGUUUGCAGUCGAAAUGUAUUUUGACAAUGUUGAGAUAUAGCUGGUAUCUAUAGUAAGUGUAGAUACCAGCUUCCUAAUAGAAUUAGUUCUUCCUAAUCCCUGCCACAUAGUUACAAUUUCAAAACCUACUUUCUUAAAAAAAAAACAAAAAACAAAAAAAAACCCUACUUUCUUUUUGGUAUACCUAUCUAUUAAAUAUAUACAAGAGAAAAUGUCAAUGACUUUUUUUUUCCUCUUUGAAGGAAUAUACUUCAAAGUUUUCAUCUGUAUUGAGAUAAAUUUGGAACACAGUACACAAAAACAUUAGUUAUCACUUUUAAGAACUUUGAAAUAAUAAAAGUUUCAUAUCAACAUAAUUGAGAUAUUUAAAAAUUGUGAUUUUUCCCCCAGUGCUGUGGGUUUAUUUCAUUUACUUAUAUAUUUUUGGACAAGUAUUUAUUCCCUGCUUUGUCUCACAUUUAUAAUUUCAGAUUAGGAAGGUAAUUUCUAUUUUCUUCCUCCAUUUGAUUUACAAACUGAACAAAGAUCCCACUGGCAGCCAAGACUGUUAAACCCAGAAAAAUGUUCACACAGCAGUCCCCCGCCCCCAACACAAGUUUUCUCUUGCAAUCCAAGCACUGCAGAGCGUGACAAGUUUCUUUCAGUUACACACAGACAUUGGGGAGGAUAAAGAGAAUGUUCAUAAAUAUGAAGGAUAAAGAAUCUUCAGUAACUUCUGCUUUGGUAUAACAUCACAAGAAGUCAAAGGAAAUACUUGCUGAGAGAAAUCUAGAUUUAUUAUUUUAAAAUCCACCACCUCCACUAACAAUCAACUUCACCUAAGCUUGGGGGACUCUGUGAAGGAAAGUCACCUUUUCAUUAUAAACACUGGUUAGUCCUGUGUCCACAGGGAAUCAUUUUCCCUUUGGUACCAGGUGCUAUUUUAUUCCAAGUACUUUCACUGCCACUGUUUCUUAAGGCCGUAAUUGUCCUUGAAAACAGUUCAAUUUUGCCUUUAUUGAAAUUAUCCUUAUUUGAUUUUUCCUUUAAUUGGCAAGGCUCUCAACAAUCUCAACCAAUUCUUCAGUAAAUAGAGGUAGUAACUAAUAAGCAGCAGUGUUUCUGCUAAAACACACUAUACUCACUCCUGAAAAAAACUUGCUCAGCAAAAACACACACUAAUGAAAUGAUUUGUCAGGGGAAACCCUGUUUAGGGGUUUGGGAUAGACCACUUCAGCGAAGCAAUGUUGUAACCAGCACGCUAACCACUAACCACCCAGAUGGCAGCUUAGAAUGUCUGGAGGUUGCCACAGGGUACUUUUAAAGGGGGAACUAGAGCAGUACUUUAAUUGGAGAAGGGCUGGUAGGUGCCAAAGUGAAACAGGUGGGAGUAGAGCUCUGAGCCUCAGGAACUGCCAUCACGGUCACGUGGAAGGCUGUGCCACCCCAGCAGGUAGCCUUGGUGCAGGUGCUUCUUUUCCUUCCAAAUAGCCCACAAAGAGUCCCAGCUGCCAGUGCAGCAGCCCAGCUGAAGGCUUUUUGCUUUUCUGACAAAAGGUAUCGUUCUACUCCUCCUAAUCUGGCUCCCCUGAAGGAAAAGAUCUUGGAGGACAUGCUCUCAAGUUCCUUCCAUGUUAUGGCUACAUUAUUCCCUGUAAUUUGUGUUACAGAAAUGUGUGGUGGCAGAAAAGCGUAUAAAGUUUUCCUUUAAAAUUCAUGCCACAAUAAUCCAUAGAGGGUAACUCAGGGGGCAGGCUUAAGUGAGUGGGGAAAAAAAUGCUUAGCUGGCUCAGUGAGGAGUAAGAUCUUUUUCUCUACUGGCAAUAAGAAAGGGAGGAAACUGCAAUUUAUAAGAAUCUUGCUUUUUGUAAUAAGAUUACAGUUGGGAUUUCUUUUCCCUAUUCCUCCAAAAUGCAUCAGAAUCUCUGGCAAUUGUGAGUUGCCACACUAUUUUGCUUCCUCUCAUAGAAACUUCUUAGGGCCUUCUUGGGGGUUGCUUUCGUAGAACCCAAUGGGAAUAAUUCCUUGAACAACUCGAGAAACUUACAUAUCAGAAUGAUACUGGUUUUCUUAAACAAAAUUUACUAACCUGGAAUAGAAUUAUCCAAAACUUAAUAGCAAGAAGUUUAUUUUAAAAAUAGAACGACAUCCUGUCAAAUCAGUCAUAUCGUGUCCACAACCUGGUGGAGGGAGAUAGAAAUUCUAGUAACUAAUGUAUAAAAUGAAUGUGUAUUGUUGUCUGUUUACUUACGGUGAAGUUCUUUUACACUAGAAACCUCUUUACAAAAAAACAGUGCUCAUUUCAAUAAAACCUCCACCUUGAAAUAUUACUAUACAUAACUCUUAAACAUUCCUGACAGUUGGUUCCUAGCAUGGAUGUAAAAUAUUUAACAAAACAACUCCCCAUAUACUCAAAUAUUAUGCAAAUAAUUUAAUGCUACAGAACACUAGAAUUUCUUUAAACACAGUAUUUCAAGUUACUAUAUUUUUGUCUGGAGUACAGAUCUGAAAUGGUACAAAUUAUACCCAAAUACUGAACCAUGAAUUAAACAGAGAAUGAACAAUAAAUUCUCCUGACUUAGGUUUCCAUUCCAUACUCCCACUCACUCAUAGUUGCCCCUGACUAUUUAUAUUGAAGAUAUUUAGUUAAAUCUUUAAAGGAUGA